AUGUUGCACGCAAGGGGUUAUUUGGACCAGCGGAUCUCCUUCUCAGCAACCGUAGUAGACGCUGCUGCUUUCUCCUUUGUGUCUUUAAGGAAUACGCUACUAUCCUGCUUCGCGGUAUCUGUACACCCGCGCUUGCCACUUGCCCCAACGCGUCGCGCUUGCCUAUGCAGCUUGACAAACACUGCCGUUUUGGGGCCCUUUGCGCUGCAGCUGCAGCAAAAGGGGAGCUUCUCACAAGCAACGGCUGUGAAACACUUUUGGCAACAGGCAACAGCACCAGCUGCGGUUGCAGAUGCUGUAGCGAGCGGUCGAGGGUUACGGCAGCAACGGCGGCAGCCACAAAAGCAGCAGCAGGGCACUGGUAAACGCAAGAAAGGCAAGGCGUGUGUUUCGUCUGCGGGCGGACCAGGAGCCGAAACAACGAUAACAGCAGCAGCAGCAACAGCAGCAGCAGCAGCAAACGUUGUGGCUGAUCCACGGGCGCUUGAUGGUGUUUACUCCUCCUCGUUUUAUCUGUCGUUUGUUGCUGCUGCUGCUGCCCAUGCGGCCCCUCCUGUAGCAGUUGCAGCAGCCGAAGCUGGUGCAGCAACUGCAGGCCACACGAGGCUUAGAGGAGCAAAUCAGAAACGACAUGUAGCCAUUGAACGCCUGUUACGGCUGCAGCCGCAGAUGCUGCCCUCUGUAGCUCGCGUGGCCGCUACUGCCGCGCGGAUGCAGCCCCAAGGUCGCACCACCCCACCGGCAUCACCACCAGCAAGCGCACAGACACUGUGGAGAGAAGAACUGGCGAUUGUUCUCCGCACCACUCCUGCUGCUGCUGCUGCUGCCGCUGAUAGAGCCUUCUGGAACGCAUUUGCUGUUGCUGCAGCUGAUGCUGCUCAGGCCUUGGCUCCGGCAGAUAUCGCCAGCAUUGCCGUCUCCGCCGCCGCCGCAGCAGGAGCAGGGGCCCCAGGAUGGAAAGCACUUACUGAACGUCACCAACGGAUGCUCCUAGAGCUGCGAGAACAAAUAAGAAUGCAUGCCGAAGGCUUCUCCCUUCCUCAGCUGUUGUCGUCGAUAGAGGCACUGCAGUCACUGCAGCGAAUACCGUCGGCUGCGCUCCCAGCAGCCACAGUUGCAGUUUCCGCAGCAGCAACAGCAAGAGAAGCAGCUACGGCGGCGCUUGCUGCGGUUGCAGGCGAAUCCGGGGGCAAGAAUAAAGCAGCAGCUAUCGCAGCAGCAGCUGCUGUUGCUGGAGAUGUGCCUUUGCUGUUGCAGUGUAUCGAAGGAACCUUGCAUACGAAACUGGCACAGGCAGCGCAACGUGCUACUGUUGCUGCACCUGUUGUUGCUGAACCGCCCGUUUGUGCUGCUACUGCUGCUGCUAGUGCGGUUAUUAUACAACCAUCAGCGGCGGGAAAAACAAGAAGAGCAACAGCAGCAGCAAGGGAAGAUCAACAGCCUGCCUUCUGUAGGUGCGCGUGGUUUUCUACUGGCCAGCUGGUUGAAUUGGCAGAGUUGCUGCUGCAACUCCAGCCACAGGAUAGGCACCCCACAAGCACUGAUGCACUACACGCCCUUAACUCUCACAAUGAUGAGCUGGUCUUUUUAGGUUUCAUAACCGACACAGCAGCAUCUGAGGUUUCUCUACAGCAGUUGCUGCGGCUCAUUCGUGCUUACGGCGGCAUGGGCCUCACCAGUCCUUCGCUUUUAGCAGCAGCUCUGAGCUACUUUAAAGCUGCAGAUGACAUAGGGAGCCCCAGUCAGGAGGUCCCUGGGCUCUGCUCAGUGUCUCCACAGAGAGCGCAAGCAGCAGCUUUACGCGCAGUUGGUGUUCCUGCCACUGCUGAUGGUAUCCAAGAACAGCAGACCCAGCAGCAGCACAAGAGAGAACUGGUACUUCCCUGCCGUACAGCGUACAUGCAGUGUUUGGCUGACGCUGAAACAGCAGCAGCAUUAGGUUCCGCGGCGGCUUUCCCCGACGGCGCUUCUUCAAAAGACCAGACUGCUAUGGUGCUGCUGCAUUGCUUACUGCAGCAGCAGGCCCUUGGCCGGUCAGAGUUGCUGCAGCUCCUCCCCACCUUGCUGCAGGAGCUGCAACAUCAACAGAAGCAACAGGAGUACCUACAGUGUUGCGGCCUUGUGCUAUCGGUGUGUGCCAGCUGUGGAGUGCAUUUCCUACAGCUGUGGGAGGAGCUGCUAAGCCCAUUGCUACAGCCGUUUGCUGGUGUCAGGCCUGCAGCUGCAGCACAAGCAGCAGCAGCAGGCGCGCCUUGGGGAGGCUGGCUGCUGUGUCGUCCUUUGGCACAGCACUUAGAAGCAGCAUUAUCUGCUGCGUUGUUUUGUGAUGUUGCCUGUGUUGGAGCUGAGACUUCCGGGGAGAAAAAUGAGCUGCUGAGUGCAGCUGCAUCUGCUGCAGCACACACAGCAACUAUAGCAGGAGGAUUUUUGUCCUUCCUGCACCGCAGUUGCAGUAUUGGCUGCCUGCGUCAGCUCAGUGGAGAGUCUUUGGCAGAAAUGGUUGUCAAUAUCUGCGGUCUUUACCGUGUACAGAGUGCCGCUGCAGUGGUGCUUCGCCUGCUGCCCCGGCAGCAGUCACCACGUCAACAAGGGCAGCACAAGCAGCAGCGACAGCCAGCGAAAGGGUGCCCUGGAGCCUCGCCCGUGGACCCAGCGGAGUCCUCUCCAGGCAUUCGUGAGCUCCUUGUUGCGGCGUUUCCGGAGUGGCACGAGCAUCAGCAAAAGUUGGAGGAGAAGCAUUUGCAGGAGGCCCGCCUACAGCGGGAGCUCCAGCAGCAGCAGCGACUGCUGCUGGAGCAGCAGAGCGGAUUGGUAUUUGAGCUGCUGCUUGAGUUGGCCUUUCGAGGCUCCCCGAAGUGCGCUGAGGGCAUAAGGAGCUCCCAGCUCGUACCGCGUACGGUGCUACUUCUGCUUGAUGGUUCUAAGGGAGAGGCCAACUUAGAAGCGGGUUAUCGCUCAAUACACCCCGCAACUCUCUCCUUCUUGCAGUCUGCAGCACGGGGAGCUGCCGACCUCCACAAAAGCAGCGACAGCAGCGGUAGUAUUAACGCCGGUUGUGGAAAAAUUGGGCCUCUGAACAGCAACAUCGCUCUAAACGCAUGUUCUGGAAUUGCCGCAGCAACCCUUCCCACGCCGUGCAGCAGCAUCAACAGUAGGAGCACAUUCGGGUGCCCAGUAGAUGUUGAUUUGCUGCUUCUACUACCCCAGGUGUUACAUGAAGGCCGGCGCAAUUCUACCGUGUUUCAGCAGCUGUUGCAGCUCCUGGUGCUAGUGCCGGCUGCAGAAACCUCAGCGGAACUGUCUGCAGCAGCAAACCGCUACAUGCAGCACCUUGAAAGGCUGGUGCUGACAGCUCGCCUGCAGCAGCGCCACAAAGGAACAAAGCCACGAACGCCAAGUCCAAAUUCUGGGGCAUGCCCCCCUCCAGUUAACUGUUGA